GCUUUGUACCGAGCUACUGGACAAGCGUAUAAACCUGUUCCGCCGAAACAGUCUUCCGUAGUGCCGUCAAAAGCGCAGGGUUUUGUCGACAAAGCUAGUAAACACGGCAUGGAUGAACUGAUCCAGGCAGAUCCAAUCAAUUUUAGCCACGACCAUCUUUUUAGUAAACUGCAGUCUCUCACCUUGGAUUUUCGAUUGAAUGAACCAAUUUGCUCACUAGGCUGGUUUUCGCCGGGAGAGGUGUUCGUACUGGAUGAGUAUUGCGCCCGUUACAUGGUUCGUGGCUGCCAUCGGCAUGUUUCACUUCUUAAUGAUUUGCUCAACAAGGCCGAUGAGGGCUUCCUUAUUGACCCCACACUUAUGCAUUAUUCGCCAGAUGGCGUAGGGACGGUUACGCUUGAAGAAAAGGAAAAAUUUCAAGAUGUCAAAGAGAGACUAAGGACUUUGCUUGAAAAAGAAAUCAUAAAUUUUAGGUAUUGUUUCCCAUUUGGUCGACCGGAAGGUGCUUUGAAAGGAACAUUAUCGCUACUAGAAAGGGUGCUAAUGAAAGAUGUUGUUUCACCAGUGCCUCCAGAAGAAGUCCGGAAUGUUAUUCGGAAAUGCCUCCAAGAUGCCGCCUUAGUCAAUUAUACUCGCAUCUGCAAUGAGGCGAAGCUUGAGCGUGAGGUUUUACGCCAAGAGCGCAUGGGCAUGGGUGUGAGCCCGCAGCAGAGGAUUGAAGACAUGAUACGAGUUACCGAAUUUUGCAUCGAUUUGCUUAGAGAAAACGAGGAGCAUCACGGCGAUGCGUUUGCAUGGUUUAGCGAUCUGCUUGCCGAUCAUUCAGAAAUUUUUUGGUCGCUUUAUUCAGUGGAUCUGGAUGCAGCACUGGAUAUGCAGCCGCCAGAUUCAUGGGAUUCAUUCCCGCUAUUUCAGCUUUUGAAUGAUUUCCUGAGCAACGAUCGGUGUGCAGCAGCAGAUGCUAAAGCCUCUGCUCGUUUUUCAUUACUUUUCUAUAAUCUAUUUGUUGCAGCCCACUUGAGAAAUGGUAUUUUUCACACGAAACUAAUUCAGCAGUUCUCUCCGAAAGUGGUGCGUUAUGUCGAUCUGAUGGAGCAUUCAAUAGCGCAGUCUAUUGAAAAAGGUUUUGCACGGGAAAAAUGGGAAGUUCGGAAGUAA